AUGGCCUCUUCGCAGACCAAGGACAUCAAAUCAGCCAUCGAGGUUACUGUAAAAAGCUAUCUUGCAUCUUUUAUCGACGCUCGUACGCAGAACAACCCCUCUCUUGUCAACCGAAACGUCACAUCCGACUGCGCACGUUCGAUGCUUCCCUCCACCCUAGGCGGCGGUUUCACCAUGACAAACGACGCAUACCUUCACGUCUUCGCUGACGGUCUGAAAGUUGGCGGCAUGCAUAAAAACACUAUCUCAGACUUGAUUAUUGAUGUUGAUGCCCGGAAGGCAGCUGUUACGACUGUUGUAGAGUUGGUGUUCAAUAAUGGGGAGGAGUUGAAGUUGGAUUUCUCAUGGUUCUUGCACUUUAACGAAGAUGGUGAUAAGAUUUGCAAGAUUGUUGAGUUUGUGGAUAGUGAUACAUUUAAGGGAGUCAAAGGAAGAGAAGUAGAGUUGAGUGGUGAGGCGCAGAAGAACGCAUAG